UAUUCAUUUUCAACGAAUUCGUAGUUAGGAGAAUCAUUCUAGCACCACGUGUGAGGUAUAUAAGUAUCCAAUACUCCAAAGUAGUCUUAGGCAUUAGGUAACCGUUCUAGUUUAUCCAAGUAAUAUAGGGUAAUCAGCAAUACCAUUACUUGUUUUAUGUGCUAUCCUCUUUGAUUUUGCUGUUUUUCAUUUGUUAUCUUUUGGGCAUAACUUGUGUUUCAGUUACAUGACAGAUGGCAUGGUUGGCGAGCUUCCGUGCACAAUUGAUGAGUUCAUGUCAGAAAUUACCUCAAUGUUUUCUGGAUGGUAACUAGCUAUGGCGAAGAAAUUUAUCAACCUGAGGGCUGGUCAGUACCUCUCUUACCACCCUUCCGGCUCUGUGGUAUACUUGGUUGGGCUGGAUUAUUAACUCGAGGUGUCUAUAAGAUUGGUUGGAACCCAUACUUCAAUAACACUGAAAAGACUAUUGAACCUUGGCUAUUUCAUGAUUUCAGUGAGGAUUUCUAUUGGGAAGAACUGCGUCUUGCCAUUGUUGGUUAUAUGCGACCAGAGGUAUUGACAUAUUGUAAUACAUAUGCAUAUGUUAGGACUGUAAUAAGGUCAGUCCAUGAGAGGAAACCCUUUACGGAAGUUUUUCUGAACAUUAUGCAACAAUCCAAUUCAAAAAGAAAUAUAAAGAAAAAGAUGUGCAGUUGUAUUUUUUGUACUAAAGAGACCAAAUAUUUCUGCCAUUUCCCUUGUUACUAUUACCCAUGUGGAAUGAACAUUGUUAAAUACGGGUCGUCAAUAAACUGAAUCAACAGUAGUGUGUUUUUU